AUGUAUCUCUCCAAUUUGCUGCUGGGUUUGUUUCUACUCGUCUUUCUCCCAACAUCUCGGUCGCAGUGCCCCACGAAUCCAUCCGGGAUCGCCAACGACACACAGACUCUGCUCUCUCUCGGUGACAGGCUUGGCAUCAAAGUGUGGAACGAGACCGCCAAUCCAAGAGCAUGGCGCGGUGUGGAGUGGAGCUCGGACAACCGAGUGGAGGGCCUCGCUAUGUCCAGGUUAAAUCUCUCGGGAGUUCUUCCUUCCAAGCUUCCAUCGCUGGCUCGCUUGGACCUCUCACAAAAUAACAUCUCCUCGCUGGAGGUGGCUGGUUGCAAGAACACACAGCUCAAGCUCCUCAACUUGAGCUCCAAUUCUCUGCGAGAGGUCCCAGCAAACCUCUCCAGCCUCGAGAGCUUGGAAAGCUUGGACCUCAGUGGGAACUUCUUGGGAGUGGCUGGAGUUCCAAAGUUUAGCUUCACGCUGCAAUCGCUCAACCUGUCCAUCAACAACUUGACUGGGAGCGUUUCCAUGGGAGGACGCGCCUGGACAUAUCGUAUAACAGGUUUAGUGGAGAUCUACCUGAUAUCUGGAGCAAGAACUUGGAGCUCAGGUACUUGGAUAUCUCCAACAAUUCGCUCCAGGGUGCCGAGCUUGCGAAGGCUACACAAGCUCUCGGUUUUAAGCGCUGGAAUCAACUUUUUCUCCGGGCCACUGGAGCUGGAAGAUGGCGACUUUGCGAGCAUCGAGACUUUGCACCUCUCGCAAAACUUGUUUAACGGGACAGUGCCAGCGAGGGUGGGAAGCUUGACGAACUUGAGGCUGCUGGUUCUCUUGAGGAAUCAUUUCAGUGGCUCUAUACCUCCGGAGCUUGGAAACUGCUCGAACAUCAGAGAGAUAUGGCUCAACGGCAAUGACUUGACUGGAACCAUCCCAGGCGAGCUCUCGAAGCUCUCGCAUCUCCAGCAGCUAGUUCUCAAUGGCAACGACAUCGGUGGGGAGCUCCCUUCCGGACUCUCCAACUGCACGGAGCUGGUUGUUCUCUGGCUGGAGCAGAACAAGUUUUCUGGAAAUCUCCCGGACAGCUUCGGGAACUUGAGCCGCCUGCUCAUUCUCUCGCUCUCCGGCAAUGAGCUCGUCGGUCCCAUCCCGGCCUCCUACGGCAAGAUGAGCUCGCUGAUCGGCCUCGACGUUGGAUCGAACAACCUCUCUGGAAAAGUCCCGGCCAUGCUGCAAAACGUCUCGACUUUGCAGUUCCUCUUCCUCUCGAACAACAGCUUCAGCGGCUCCAUCCCGGACUGGCUUCCCCGGCUCAGGAACUUACGAGCCAUGGACUUCUCGCUUAACAGGUUCUCGGGCGAGAUAUCCGCAAGCAUCGGCCGACUGUUUGCCAACGUCCAGCUCUACAACAUGAGCACCACCUACCCGCUGGUUCACGCGCAAAGCCUCGUCUAUGCUGGCUUCGCCUUCCCAACAACCAUAGACUUCUCCUCCAACCAGCUGAGUGGAAGCAUUCCGGCGGCCAUCGGCGACCUCUACAAUCUCCAGGUGCUGGACCUGAGCCACAACCAGUUAACCGGCCCCAUUCCCGAGUCCCUGGGAAACGCAAGGAAUCUCUCCAGGUUGGCGCUCGCGAGCAAUCGUCUGAAUGGCUCCAUACCAUCGUCCGUGGCGGACCUCUCGUUUCUCACCAUCUUCGACGUCUCCAACAACAGCCUGGUGGGACGGAUACCUGACAGCCCGCAACUCUCGUCCAUGGACGCGGCUCUCUUCGCUGGGAACCAGCUCUGUGGGUUGCCACUGAUCAACACCUGUUCGAGCACUGCUACGCCGCCGCAUAGGCCUAGAAGAGACGGAGAAGGUGGUAGCGAACAGGACCAAGGAGGCGUGACAACACUUGUCAGCGUCGCCAUCUUCGUGGCAGCCUUCUUCUACGCGUUCUUCUGGACUUUCCUGUGUACUUUGCGGCAACCCACAAAGCUGGUUCCCAGCUCUGUGGAUGCUGGCAAUCGAAUCUCUAGGUCGUCCACCAUGUUGCUGCCGUCCUUUCUAGCUUCCAGUUCGUAAUACAACAGCAUCGAGCGUGUGACCGCUUG